GACUUAACCAUGCAUUGCUUUAAGGCAGUGCUGUAAGCGCAAACCUAAGGAUGAAUGCUCCUAAUAUCAUCAACACUCUGGUGAAGCAGGACAAUGUGUUACACCUGUGAUAGGCUAGUUGUUGGAGUAAGCGUCACAUUAAAAGCCACAAUUUCCUCUGUCUUCAUGUGAGUUGGGGUGAGUGGCAAAGUGGAACUCUGUUCAGGUACCUGUGGAAAAGGUUGGGAACAUAGUAAGAGAUCUAACAGAUAUCCAUCCAAAAACAAAAGAUGAUCCAAGAGGUGAUGGCAAAUAUCUUGCAGUUCAAUGAUUAUCUGCUCAAAAGAACAGAUCAUCGUGUCCGAGACUAUCCUUUGAUGCAGAGCCCCAUCCAGAUGACCCUUAUCUUAUUGGGUUACAUAUUCUUUGUUCUCUACGCCGGGCCACGCUUUAUGGCAAACCGUAAGCCUCUUCAUCUCAAGACAGCCAUGAUUGUAUAUAACUUCGGCAUGGUGGCUUUCAAUGCCUAUAUUGUAUAUGAGUUUUUGAUGUCUGGCUGGGGAACUACAUUUACCUGGAGAUGCGACAUUUGUGACUUAUCCAGCAGUCCUCAAGCCCUUAGACUGGUUCGAGUGUGUUGGCUGUUUUACUUUUCAAAAUACAUUGAGUUAAUGGACACGGUAUUUUUUGUGUUGCGGAAGAAACAUAGCCAGAUUACAUUUCUACAUAUUUUCCAUCACUCUUUCAUGCCAUGGACCUGGUGGUGGGGCAUCACACUAACACCUGCUGCGGGAAUGGGUACAUUUCAUGCCAUGGUGAAUGCUGUUGUCCAUGUCAUCAUGUACUCGUACUAUGGAUUAUCUGCUGCUGGGCCUCAGUUCCAGCGGUACCUUUGGUGGAAGAAAUAUAUGACUGCCAUCCAAUUAAUGCAGUUUGUCCUGGUUUCAGUCCACAUAUCUCAGUACUAUUUCAUGGAAAAAUGUGACUUCCAAGUCCCCAUUUUCAUCCAUCUUAUUUGGAUCUAUGGUACCUUGUUCUUCAUUCUUUUCUCCAACUUCUGGUUCCAGUCCUAUAUCAAGGGCAACAGACUCCCUGUCCGGAACCAAGAAAAGCAAACAAUGAAUGGUAUUAUAAGUGGUGGAGAAGCAAUUGCAACCUCAUGUGAUAAACAACUAGAAAAUGGUUCCACACACCAAUUAAAUGGAUUUGCCCACCAAGGGAAAGUGAAAGAAGUGUAAAAAGGACCUGAUAAAGCUUCAAAGUUUCCAAUAGCCCAAGUCUUGUAUUUCUAAAUAAGUGUCAAAAUUGUUCCUUUUUACAUGCACCUUAUGCACAAGAGAUGAAAUGACGUAAUUUGGCAGUUGAUUCCUGUUCUUGCAUUGUAUUUAUUAACUGGUCUGGGGCUAUCUAUUGACACUGUCUUCAUCUCAUGUAUGAAUCUCACUGUUGCUAAAUGUGUGUACAGUUCCAUAAAAAAUGUUUGUUUUCAUUUAUAAUUAAAUGCUGAAAAGCUAAAA